CUGUGUUAUUGGAAGAGUGUUCUACAAGUGUGGGAAGAAAGGACGUGCCACCAGCCUCAGCUUCUAGGGACUUUUCUCUUGGCAGGGAAGGAUUUUAUGUUAAUCAGAAAUACUUUCAGAAGAUUCAAGAAGCAGUAAGGGCGACGCCAAUCUGCAAAGGGCCGGCAUGGGAAUCCUAUACUCUGAGCCCAUCUGCCAGGCGGCCUACCAGAACGACCUGGGUCAAGUGUGGCGAUGGGUGAGAGAAGACAGCGCUUGCAUCAAUGUGCGAGAUGACUUCAAUGGAGACACGCCCCUGAUCUGUGCCUGUAGGCGAGGACACCUGAGAAUCGUUUCCUUCCUUUUAAAAAGAAAUGCGGAUGUGAACCUCAAAAACCGGAAAGAGAGAAACUGCUUGCAUUAUGCUGUGAAGAAAAAAUUUACCUUCUUUGAUUACCUCCUCAUCAUCCUCUUAAUGCCCGUUCUGCUUAUCGGGUAUUUCCUCAUGGUGUCAAAGACCAAGCAGAAUGAGGCUCUUGUCCGAAUGUUGCUCAACGCCGGGGUGGACGUGAACGCAGCAGACUGUUAUGGCUACACAGCCCUGCAUUAUGCCUGCCAAAUGAAAAACCAGACCCUUAUCCCUCUGCUUCUGGAUGCUCGUGCUGACCCCACGAUCAAGAACAAGCGUGGUGAGAGUUCCCUGGAUAUUGCACGGAGAUUAAAGUUUUCCCAGAUUGAAUUAAUGCUAAGGAAAGCAUCCUAAUCCUUGUGGCCUCGCAUGGAGAAGUAGAAAAAGUUAAAGGACUGAAUUCUAUCUCCAUUUUGGACAAGUGGUCUGUGGACCGUUGAACCCGGACGCUGUGAUUUUUUUGGUUACCGUGGGUAACCAUAAUGGUGGUUGCCAUGGUUAACAUUUUGGAAGAGCUUUGUAUUUAGAAUUUUCUUUUGCCCAGUGGAGUUCACCAUGGUCACCAUCCUUCCAGGAGAAACACUAAAACUCCUGGAGUCUCCAUUUGGGUCCAAAAAAAAAAAAAGGUGACGUUUCAAACUCAGUCUCUUCCAAAGAAAAGGAUCAGGUUUGGUUUUCUCUUCCCAGCUGUGUAGCUCUUACCUGGCAAUUUCAUGCCCAGAAGACAGCUGUUUCUCUCCGUCCUUUUUGAGUAGUAAGAGGAAGAAUCAAAGCAUACAUAUUUGUAUGGACCAAUGUGUUGGGGGAAUGGGAGAUGAGCUUCAUAUGUAAAUAUUUACUUGGUGAAACAACUUCAACAAAAUUAUCCCCCACUCGUCAGGGGUGGGAAUAUUUAUGCCACAGUAAUCAGCAAAUGCCAGGGGAAGGGGCGGAAGGAGAAGGAGAAGCAGACUCCCGACGCAGACCUGGAUCCCAGGACCUUGGGAUC